AGCACGUCAAACCGCCGGGCGUGGAGCAGACAGGAUGCUCAUCUUGGCAGAUGGGGACGCGUCUUCAUGUGGGGAUGGGGUGAGAGUGUUUCACCGUUGUUGCGGCUCUCCAUUUCGCCUCAUUACAUUACCAUCUUUUCAACACCCGCGACCUUAUCUUUCUCCUGUGGAAUAGACAAUUCUGAGCCUGGAGCUCGAGUCAAGCGCCACCACCACACCUUCCUUAACCGACAGAUAACCCGACGCUCCUUCCUUUCGAACUAUUCUCCUUCACCGUCCGUCGAUAUUCCACCAUGAUCCUCCAAGCCGCCGCCCUUGCGCUGCUCUGCGCUUCGUCUGCGUCCGCCGUCUGCACAAAGCUCUCCAACUGUCCGCAGAAUGAAGUCCUCAGGACGUCCGACUGCCAGAUGUAUCAUCAUUUUCUCCUCCGUGGCAGCAUGUCCCCGUAUCCCGGCCACGUCAUCGAGACAGUAGCCAAAGUGUGCUCCGCGCUCAACACGCCCGAGAAUCCCAGCGCCUGCGGCUACGAAGACAUCGAGUAUGCGGCGCUAAACGGCGGGGAGAAGUGGUGUCUGAGCGCACACGAGGGCGCAAUCAACGGCGCAGCACAGAUGCGCAACUACACAUCGAGAUGUCCUGAGAGUCAUCUCAUCGUCAUGGGAUUUAGUCAGGGAGGGAGCGUGGCGCUGGACAUACUUGGUGGGGGAGGAGGGCCACUUUGGAAAUGCACGCAGAAGAACAACACAGGAAUGGAGAUCGGAAGUGCACCGGGGUCGAGGGUUGCAGCAGCACUUGCCUGGGGCCCUACGCGCCGCUCUGCAAACCAAACCUGGACCGUCGGCGGUGGCAAUGUCUCAGACGGCGCCGCGCCUCGCACCGCCUCGCAGCUCGCAGGCCUGCAACCUUACGCCGAUGCUGGCGUUCUGCGCGAAUACUGCCAGACGGGCGAUCCCAUCUGCGCAUCACACACGAAGAACCCGAACAUGGCGAAUCAUCUCAACUACUUCGACCGGUACACCGACGAGGCGGCGCAGUGGGUCAUUGCGCUAGCGCGGAAGGCCAACGAAAAGGCCAAGAACGACAGCGCGAGCGGGGCAGGAGGCAUGCUGAAGAAGGGAAUCGCACAUCCGGUUGGAAAUGUCUUCAUCGCGGCGGUGGUCGUCUUGGCGUUAUAGUAAGUUCAUUCACACUGGAGACGAUGUUUAACUGGGGUUGUAACGAGCAUGGAGGUCGAGCCUUGCGGAUGGUGUUGCAACAUGAAUCAAGACUUAUACGUGACAGUUUCUUGCUGAGACGCGUACUCAUCUGGAAAGCCUCGUCUGCCCGCUUGAGCUCGUACACGGCUGUCAGCACCCAUGACAGCGCGUAACGCCUCGCAUCCAAGGUUGGGUCAUCGAAAAUUUAGGGGAAGUAGACAAG